GAAAUACUUAAUAGAUGUUGAAAAAGAAAGGAUCAGAAUAAUUAGAUAUUAUAUUCGAAGCAGGAGAGGAUCUAUUAAGUUUAUCUAAAAAUCAAGUUAUCAUGAUAAAAAACAACUCUAUUAAAUUGCCAAUCAUCAAACCAAGAACAUUUUUAUCAUAUAGUCUUGAAUUUUGUGGGAUAACUAAUCUCAAUUAUAAGAUGUUGAGAUUUUAAUCAUUGGGCAGAGAUAUACGAGUAAAAUGAUCAAAUAACAGUUCAAGCCUGAAACAAAUAUUAUGACAUCUUGUUUAGUCAAAGUAAUCCACACAACAGAGUUUUCUUAGAUGGUUUAAAAUCCCCUAAAAACAUCUUUUUAGAGUUUAUUUAAUAAUGGUUCUAAUAGUGAUAUCUUAUUUUAAAUAAAUGAUGAAUAGGUAUAGAAUUUAUUAAGACUAGCCUCUUCUUUUACAUAAAUGUAUUUUGGCAUGUAGAUCUCCAAAAUUUAAUGGAAUGUUUUCAUCAAAUAUGAUAGAGAACAAUCAGAAAUUAGUUAGAGUUGAAUAUAAAAAACCAGAUUUAUUUAAAGUGAUGUUAUAAUGGAUUUAUUGUGGGUAUUGGAAGGAAGUAAUUUGAUAUAAAUAAUUUAGUUUCCAGUUGAAAUAGAAGAUACUUGUGAUUUAAUGUUAUUGGCUGAUGAAUAUUUGAUAGCUGAUUUGAAAUAAAAAUGUGAAGAAGAUAUAAUAUCAAAAUUAAACAGCAAUAACAUAAUGUAAAUUUUAUUAUUUGUUGAAAAACAUUCAAAUAUAAUAUCUUCAAUGUUAUUAGAGAAAACAAAUUCAAUGUUUAUAGAUGAUUUUGAUAAAAUACAUAAAUAAAAUAGUGAUUUAGAAAAAGAGAUAACAAAAGUACCAGGUUUAAUGACAAAGUUGUUUUAGAAUUUGCAUUAGAAGAAGAUAAGAAAAGGGAGAAAGGUGCAUUUUGUAGUGGAAGAUUUUGAAAAUUAAGAAUCAGAUUCUGAUGAUUAUGUUAGAAAUUAUACAUAACAUUUUUACUAAUGAUUAUGAAAUUAUACAAAUUUAGUACUUCACAUAUAAUAUUUGGAAAUAAAGCAAGAGAAAGAUUAUUAAAAGGAGUGAGUGAAGUAAAAAAAGCUGGUGUUCUAACUUUAGGUCCUUAAGGUAGGAAUGUAAUAAUAGAAAGUGAGACAGGAAAUCAUAGAAGUACAAAGGAUGGUGUGACAGUAGUGAAGAAUA